AUGGUGGAUUCGCGAUGCCACUCUUUGAAUACUUCUUCCACCAGCAAUCCCAACCAGUCACUAACCUCUUUGUCCCAAUCUGAGUCCUCUCAAGGGAGUGGAUCCCUCCGAAUCACUGACUUUGCAACAAUCAACCUACGAUCGACCGACUCACCAGCCAGUUCUCAAAAUUCAGUGCUCCUCAGACCCACUUCAAACGCUGUCAAUAUUAUAACGCACUCACAAGAGAAAGGAGAAGAAACCUCUUCUGCACCUGGCUCUCCUGAACGGGGCCGCAGGCUAUCAAGGGGUCCUCCGAAUGGCAAUUCAUCACGAGCGGCUUAUCUCAGUCCAAUCUCGCCGGACAGGUUUAUCCCAAAGCGGGAAUUUGGCAAUCAUUCGACAACUUCUUAUCGUGUGAAUAAGCAUCCGUUCCAACUGUCCCCUCGAGAGAGAAUCUUCAGACGACGGUCACUUGGUGAAGAUCCGUUCCUCCCGACACCUCGCCUGUCUCCGAUCUCUCCCGGGCGAAGGGCAACCCCAAGCCGGCCUCCCCAGGGACCACACCACCGACCUCAUCUUGUCGCUGACUUCAUUGCGCUGGGUCGUUCUACUCCCAAUGAAUCUCUGAGGAGAGUUAGUGUAGGAGCCGUCUGGGGUGUUGGCGGGGCUUCUGCAGUUCUCGGACAGCCUCCAGCGGCCAUUUCAAACGGCACACGAAGCACCUCUGGUCAAGGCGGAGCGUCUCCAGAUUUUGUGGCAAGAUUUUUGCCCAGAAUUACACAUUAUGAUGACUUGAAUAAGCAUGAGUCAAGACUUGCACUUGCUUUGGACAUUGACCCGACAACUCGACUUAUAGGUACCUGUACAGCCCGUGAAGAAAAGUCCCCCAGCCCGGCAUCUAGAGAUUUUGAACGCUACUCGCCAUUUCUGUGGAAGGACAGUGCCUGGAAAAAGGGGGAAAUGGGACAUUGCUCCUCAGGGCUGACGAAGCAUGCCAAAGGAGAAGUCGUUCCAUCCAAACCUUUCCGAAUCUUGGACGCUCCUCUUCUACGAGACGAUUUCUAUUGUUCGACUCUGGCCUACUCAUACACGGUUGGUGUAUUAGCUGUGGGCCUCGGCCAAUAUGUCUACCUCUGGUCCGAGGGCUCCGCUCUAGAUCAUCCACCUUUCGGGGAUGUUCAUCCGUCAAAUUACGUGACGUCUCUAUCCUUCUCUUCGGAAGAUGGAGGGCGGAAUAUUCUUGCCAUCGGACGUCAGUCCGGUCAAUUAUCUCUUUGGGGUGCCUUUGAGCCCAAAUUUCGCUUCGAGAUCAGCCAUCCUCACAGCGUUACUUGCGUGUCAUUCAAACCCAAAACCACACGGAGAGCAUCAGAGAGAUACACCGACUUGGUGGUCAACACGGAAGACCUAGCUGUCGGGGAUGAACUAGGCAGCAUCUGGUAUUACUCGGUUGAGUGGCCGGAGAUUAACAGCAAGUGGGGUUGGGCGGGCUCCUUGACACUACUUGCGAAGAUCUCGGCGCACUCUCAGCAAAUAUGCGGAAUGGCGUGGUCUCCUGACGAGCGAAUACUUGCCACUGGCGGCAACGACAACGUCUGCAUACUGUUUGAACUGCGGGCAAUUUUUCCUCCGUCGUUCAGCGACGCUGUCGCGUCGCCCGUAUCUACAGACUGGUCUGGUGGUGCGAGCGUACAGACCCCUUCAGGCCUCGAUAUGGGUACAAUGCCACGACGGUCGCUCAGUAGGCAACGUAUCGUGAGCAAUCUACUGCCAUCAUGGUUCCAACCGCCGCCCGUCCGACCCUCUAUGGCAGCUCCUCUUCUCAGCCACAGAGGCACUCUCAUCUCCGGGAGGGGUAGAACCGUGUUGAUUCCCUCUAACCGCCAGAAGCACCGCUUGCUGCAUUCGGCUGCCGUCAAGGCACUUACAUUUGCGCCGUGGCAGCCAUCGCUGCUGGCGACUGGGGGAGGAUCCAACGACCGGGCGAUUCGUUUUUGGCACACCCGUACCGGGGUGUGUCUCGCGACAAUCAAUUGUUUUGCGCAAGUGACCAGUUUAAUUUGGAGCCAGACCCGGCGAGAGAUUGUCGCAACCUUUGGAUAUGCUCAACCCGAUCACCCCAUCCGCAUCGCCGUGUUUGCGUGGCCCAGCUGUGCUCAGGUUUCAGUCAUUCCCUGGGGGCCUUACGGAACCAGCUGGGACGGGCCGGAUCCUGAACCUAGAUACGACUGUGGACGCGCUCUUUGGGCAGUCAGCUACCCGGGGCGAGCCCCUCGACCACCGACCAUCACGCCGGAGCACUUGGACAUACUCACUCCCCCCGUGUCGCGGUCGCCGACUCCUUCGCCCACUAGAUCACAACCUCCAGAGCGCGGAAGCGAAUCAUCCACCAGACGCGAGAGAGAUUCGCGCGCUGUCCGGCCCAAGGAAAAAGAGGGUGGAAUGUGGUGCUCGCGUACCGGGGAAGAAGGCUGUAUUAUCGUCGCUUCCAGCGAUCAAACCGUCAAGUUUCACGAAGUCUGGACGGGUCGUCGCACGAGUACCGGGUCUGCGGCGUGUGGGCUCUUCGGAGGUAGUGAUAUUUUGGAUGGCAUGGAGGGAAUUGAGAAGAUGGGCAAUGAAGUCAUUCGCUAG